CCUGAUUCUCGUCCCUGGUUGGUGAGAAACUAGUUCCGCCUCCGGUCGCCAUGCAUCGCUCCGCACGGAACCUGCAGCGCUUCAGCGCGGAUCUGUCGAAGCUGUGGGCCGCGCAGAGAUCCAGCAGCCUCCGGUACAUCUGCCCAGCGCCGGGGCUCCAGCUCAAGCCGCUCAGAAUGGCCAGCUCAGAGUCGUUCAGGAUCGAGAGGGACACGUUCGGGGAGCUCAGAGUCCCUUCUGAUAAAUAUUAUGGAGCUCAGACGGUCCGAUCAACAAUGAACUUCAAGAUCGGAGGAGCCUCGGAGAGAAUGCCAAUUCAAGUCAUCAAAGCCUUUGGGAUCCUGAAGAAAGCUGCGGCAGACGUGAAUAAAGAUUACGGUUUGGACCCAAAGAUCGCAGACGCCAUCAUAAAAGCUGCUGAUGAGGUGGCUGCUGGGAAGCUGGAGGAUCAUUUCCCGCUGGUGGUUUGGCAAACAGGAUCCGGAACGCAGACUAACAUGAACGUCAAUGAGGUGAUCAGUAACAGAGCCAUCGAGAUUCUCGGAGGAAAACUGGGCAGCAAAGACCCUGUUCACCCCAACGACCACGUCAACAAGAGCCAGAGCUCUAAUGACACGUUCCCCACUGCCAUGCACAUCGCUGCUGCUAAAGAGGUGCAUGAGGUUCUUCUGCCGGGUCUUCAGACGCUGCAUGACGCUCUCGCUGCCAAAGCUGAACAGUUCAAAGACAUCAUUAAGAUCGGCCGCACACACACACAAGACGCAGUGCCGCUCUCUCUUGGACAGGAGUUUGGCGGUUACGUCCAGCAGGUGAAGUACAGCAUCGAGCGGGUGAAAGCGGCCAUGCCUCGUGUGUAUGAGCUGGCAGCGGGCGGCACUGCGGUCGGCACCGGACUCAACACACGCAUCGGCUUCGCUGAGAAAGUAGCAGAUAAAGUGGCUGCGCUCACAGGUCUUCCGUUCGUCACAGCGGCUAAUAAGUUUGAGGCUCUGGCGGCCCACGAUGCACUGGUGGAGCUGAGCGGCGCUCUGAACACCAUCUCCGUCAGCAUGAUGAAGAUCGCCAACGACAUCCGCUUCCUGGGAUCCGGACCUCGCUCGGGUCUCGGAGAGCUGAUCCUGCCUGAGAACGAGCCCGGCUCCAGCAUCAUGCCCGGGAAGGUGAACCCCACGCAUGUGUUUGUCGCUCCUGUGUGUCUGAUCUGGUCGUCUCUUGCAGGUUAUGAUAAAGCCGCCACUAUUGCAAAGACGGCGCACAAAGAAGGCUUGACUCUGAAAGCCACGGCCGUCAAGCUGGGCUUCCUGACAGACGAGCAGUUUGAGCAGUGGGUGCGACCGCAGGACAUGCUGGGACCCAAAUAGAUCAGAACCACGGGACGCCUGGAUAAAGGUCACGGGAAUGAUGUGUUUGUACAAUAAAACACCCGUUUCAUUCAAA